GUGGUGGGGAAAAAGAGGCCAUAACUUGAUGAAAAAUAACAGCAGAAAAAUUCGGCACCACCCGCAGACUAAUUUCAAAUUCCGCAUUUCAUAAUUCAACAAAAUCAUAACUUUUCUUGAGGAGGAAGAAGAAAUUUAUAGAGAGAAAGAAAGAGUGUUGUUUCCUCAGAUAUCGUAAUCGACUCUCAUCUUUCUCUCGCACCUCAUGGAUCGAUUCAUGGUGCCCUACGCCAUUAAACCUGCACAAUUUUUUAUAUGAACGCUUGUUUCUUGUUCCCUUCCUCCAGGGUUCCUUCUAUUUUCUCCUCCGCCGAUGGUUUGAUGCUGGAAAGCCAUGCCAACAAUUACAGCUAUAGCGUUGGAUGGGCUGAUCGAACCUGGAGCUGCAAAGACCAUGGUGCAAGCAAGGAAUUCUCCCGACUCAAAGCUUGAGAGGAGGCGUAGCACUUCGAACACUACAGAAAUUGGGGCAAUGGAUGCUCCUAGCUCAAUGGUGGAAAGGGGAUACAGCAUUCCUCCAAAUCCUAAGUCGGAGAGGGGAGUUAAUGUUCCUCCAAACCCCAAGCUGGAGAGGGGUGUUAGUGUUCCUCCUCGCACGAAGCUGGAAGGAGGAGUUGUUGGUAUACAUCCUAAUUUGAAGCUCGAGAGGGGAGUUAGUGUGCCUCCUAAUACGAAACUAGAGAGGGGUGUUGUUAUGCCUUCUCAAGCACCAACUACAACAAUUGUAGGUAGAGAGCACCAUUGGACUCAGAUCUCGCCAGCCCUCUAUGCCACUCCUGAAUCAACUCCACUUCCUGAUUCCCCAUCUUCAUUUCCCCCAUCGCCUUACAUUAUUAAUCACAAGCGACGUGGCCCACGGCUCAUGAAGAGUUUCUCUGAAUAUGACGUUGCAACUUGGAAGAAUAAAUCCGAUGAGAUCAAGGUGGAUAACAAUGAGAGUAGGGCUGGAAAAGGUGUACCAAGUGAAUGUAAAGAUGACACUUGUAUUCCUACAGAGGUUAUCGAUCCUGCCACGGAUGUCUUUGCUAGUCGUUCUGGUACUGGAAAUGCCAUGCAAAAGAAUCCAACUGGUGUCUUAAACGAAAAUUUUGGAAGCAGUAAAAUAGCCAAUAGUCCAGUGAAGGAAAAUGGUGCGACUAAAUCUGUCAACUUCAAUUUGGAGCAGGAUGGAGUGGUUGGUAGUCCAGUUGAUCCACAGGAUUCAGUGAGUCUUGAGGCCAUUGGUGAAAGUGAGGGUAACGGUGGAGCUGGACGGCCGGCUCUGAGUCACUCGGCUACAAUGACAGAGUUCUAUGAUGCUUGGGAAGAAUUGUCGUCAGAAAGUGGAAACCAGCAUCCACCGCCUGAUAUGGGAACAGAACUGCGAGAAAUUAAACUGACUUUGCUGAUGGAGAUUGAAAAGAGGAGGGAAGCAGAGGAAAACCUAAAUAAUCUGCAAAGUCAAUGGAAGAGGAUCUGUGAACAAUCGUCUCUCGUAGGACUGAAUCUUCCUGCUGAUCCAACCGCUUUGGGAGAUGGUGAAGAACCUGUUGAUCCAGCAGCUGAGAUAUGCCAACAAGUCUAUCUUACCCGUUUAGUGUCUAAUUCAAUUGGGAGGGGAAUUGCAAAGGCUGAAGUUGAGAUGGAGAUGGAAGCACAGAUAGAGCUAAAGAACUCUGAAAUUGCUCGCUUGUUGGACAGGCUUCAUUACUUUGAAGCUGUGAACCAAGAGAUGUCUCAUAGAAACCAAGAAGUCGUAGAAACAGCAAGGCGACUCAGGCAAAGAAGGAAAAGACGGCAGAGAUGGAUCUGGGGUUCGAUUUCUGCUGCAUUGACGCUUGGAUCGGGCAUCUUAUUGUACUCUUACUUACACGGUGGAAAGGGGUCGUCUUCCCAAAGCUCGACACAAUCUUCAGAGACAGACCGUGGCUCAAACAAGUGAACUCCAAGAGGAUAUAGUGUAGUCGAGGCCACACUAAAGGAAUUAUAGUAAUAAUAAUAGGAAAACAAGGGGUUAAACACCAUCUUGUGAAUACCAACUGCUAUUGCAGGUUUUAUACAUGUAAUAAAUACAUAGCUACUGAAUAGCUAUACAGAAGCAAUUAAAAUGCCAAAGUAUGCAUCUUUUUUGUGUGUUUCCA